AUGGAUCCAGCGAUCGGUUGGUUUCAGCCAGAACACGAAGGUCCAGCUAAGGAAUUGUGGCUGAGGAUUUGGGAGUCAUUAAAACCAACUCCAAUGCCUUCGGACAUGGAUAAAACUGAUCUGGGUUCGAAAUCCUUAGAUUUUAUUCCAAUUGAAAAUGAUGAUGGUAAUCGUGGUACGAAAGGAAACGCGGGAAUGAAUGGUGGUAACGGAAUAAAAAGGUUUCGUGAAAACAUUGCUAGUACGUAUGGAAUGAAUAUUAAUCGGGAUGCUCUCAUAGGACGGCAUGGUGGAACACCGUGGAGGACACCCGGGAAAACUUAUUUACCCGGAAUCCUAGGCCUCCAUGAUGAAAUAAUAGAAUUUUAUAAUUAUAUGAGCCCUAGAAAGUGUGAACAUGAAUUAAGGUUAAAAGUAGUGCACAAGAUCAAGAGUGCAAUUCACGAACUUUGGCCUCAGGCGAAAGUUGAAGUUUUUGGUAGUUUUAGAACGGGAUUGUAUUUGCCCACUAGCGAUAUUGAUUUAGUUGUUAUUGGCUGUUGGCCAACGCUUCCACUGUGGAAAUUAGAACAAAAGCUAUUAGAAAAUGAAAUAGCAGAGCAACAUACAAUCAAAGUUUUGGAUAAAGCUUCUGUGCCAAUAAUUAAACUUAGGGAUAAAGAAUCGGAUGUUAAAGUAGAUAUUAGUUUCAAUAUGUCAUCCGGAGUACAAAGUGCGCAGUUGAUAAAAACGUUUAAAAAAAAAUUUCCCGUGUUGGCAAAACUUGUACUCGUUUUAAAACAAUUUUUAUUGCAAAGAGAUUUGAAUGAAGUUUUCACUGGUGGAAUUUCUAGUUACAGUCUUAUUUUAAUGACCAUAUCAUUUUUACAGCUGCAUCCUCGACAAGAUGCCUUUCGAUCAGAUGUUAAUUUAGGUGUUUUACUAAUUGAAUUCAUGGAAUUGUAUGGGCACAAAUUUAAUUAUUUAAGAUGUGGGAUUCGAGUCAAGGAUGGCGGAAGUUAUCUCAGUAAAGAAGAGGUGCAAAAAACAAUGAUAGACGGUCACCGAUCUGGUUUUCUUUGCAUAGAAGAUCCUCUCACGCCCGGAAACGACAUUGGUAAAAGCUCUUACGGUGCUUUACAAGUUAAACAAGCUUUCGAUUAUGCUUACAUUACGCUAGUACAAGCCGUUCAUCCUUUAAAUACGUUUUUAGAUAUCAAUAAACACAGUAUAUUGGGACGAAUAGUUCGAAUCACGGACGACGUUAUAGAAUAUAGAGCGUGGAUAGAGAAAACAUUUCCCGUGAAAUCAUCAAUUGACAACAAAAAUGAAAACGAUUCCCUAUCGUCUCACAGUUUAAGUUCGAGCGAACAUUCGGAAUCCCCAUACACAGUAUCAGAAUCCGAUUCCGAAAGCGGUAGUCCGGUAAGAAACAACAUAUUAAAACAAAUGAGAACGUCGACCACGGGUAAAGAUUUGUGUUUCAAAAAUGAAAGAUUUUGGCACAACAGCAAUUCGCCCCACCACGUGGGAAACGUGCGACAAACCAGAGGUGGAUUUCCAUCUCCGAAUCAUCACAAGGGUUUGAAAAGGAGGCGACAAAAUAAUCGGCAAUAA